AUGGUUAAGUGCUGUUUUGUACCAGGGUGUAAUACAGGUUAUGCUUUAGAUGUCAAACAACAAGAAUCAAUUGGAUUAAAAAAUAAAAGCUUAAGUUGGUCUUCUGUUAUCGCUGUAUGUUUUGACGGCGCGGCAACUAUUUCAGGUUGUAACAAAGGAGUUCAAGCAAAAUUCAAAGAAAAAAAUAAUACUUUUAUGUAUAUUCAUUACUAUGCGCAUUGCUUGAAUUUAGUUUUGGUCGAUUCUAUUGGCAGAAAGAAUCGUGCAGUGUUUGAUUUCUUCAAAGUUAUUUAUGCUUUUAUUGAAUGUAGUUGCAUUAGACAUGCUAUACUAAAAAAAGCUGCUAGACAAAUAAAUAUAAAGCUUGUGACAUUACAAUCUAUAUCUACCACUAGGUGGGCUUAUAGAUCUGAAGUAAUAACAGCUAUAAAAUCAAAUUAUUCGGUGUUAAUCAUUGCCAUUCAAGAAAUUUAUGAUUCAACUAAGCUUCCAGAUAUUAGAGCUAAAGCGCAUGGCUUAAUAAUUCAAAUGCAAUCUUUUAAUUUUACAUUUGCCCUUAAUAUGUUAGAAACAAUAUUAUUAAUUAUAUUAAAAGUGAGUUCAAGUUUACAGAGUAAAGAUCUUGAUCUCUUAGCAGCUGUUGAUUUAAUAAAAUCUUUGAAUGACUCAUUAUAG